AUGACCUCCCAGUUCGCGUUCCGUGGCUCACCGCCGAACCAGAGCACCAUAUCGACAGCCUCCAACAGUCCACCACCGGCGCAGGCGGGGAUGAGCGGUGCGGGCGGCACCGCGCGGCCCUCCUCCCCUGCAGCAUCGGCGACUCGCUGCUGCGACACCGGCCGCCCUAUUUUCCAGGACCCGAUCACUGGGCAGACAGUCUGCUCUUGUCAGUACGAGUUCCUCAAUUACCAGCGGCUAGCGUCAGGAGUGCCGCUGUCUAUGUACAGCGCGCCGUACCCUGAUGCAGCCACCGCAGCUGGCAUGGCUGCGUACUUCCCGGCGCUGGCUGCUGACCAGCCACCUUUCUAUGCUAAUACGGCUGCUGGAAUCGAGCUGAAAGAAAAUUUGGCAGCCAGUGCAGCAAGUUGGCCGUACCCUACAGUUUAUCAUCCUUACGAUGCAGCGUUCGCCGGCUAUCCUUUUAAUGGCAGAUACGGAAUGGAUCUCAACGGAGCGAGGCGGAAAAACGCGACUCGAGAAACGACGAGUACGCUCAAAGCAUGGUUGAAUGAACACAAGAAAAAUCCGUACCCAACAAAAGGAGAGAAAAUAAUGCUCGCAAUCAUCACCAAGAUGACACUCACGCAAGUGUCCACGUGGUUUGCAAAUGCCCGCAGACGUCUCAAGAAAGAGAACAAAAUGACAUGGGAACCAAGAAACAGAGUGGACGACGACGAUAACAAUAAUGACGAUGAUGACCACAAAAGUAAUGACGGAAAAGACGGACUGGAUGGAAAAGAUUCGGGCACCGGUUCGAGCGAGGAUGGUGAUAGGCCUCAGCAGAGGCUAGACCUCCUAGGCCAAAGGACGGAAUCCGAGUGGUCUGAGUCACGUGCUGAUAGCGGUCCAGAAUCGCCUGAACCGUACGAGCGGCCUAUACACCCAGCGUUCCAGCAUCUACCGUCUAGAGCUCCGCCAGGGAGUACGCCGGCAUCUGCCAAGCCGAGGAUAUGGUCUCUUGCUGAUAUGGCAAGUAAGGACGGAGAGGUACCAGCACCGCCCGCAUCAGCAUCUGCUUUUUAUCAAACAGCAGCCGCUGCUGCCGCUGCGAGACUAGCUCACCCCUAUCGUCCCGAGUUGUACAGAGGAUUGUACCCCCCGACGCAUCCAGCGGACGUCGCGUUGCUCGAGUACUCUCGCUCGCUGGCCCUGGCAGCUCCAGCACCCGCUCCUCCCGCCCCCUCCCCCUCCUCGUCCUCCACGUCAUCCCUUGCCGAGCCCCCUCCCCCGUCCCGCGCCUGA